UUUCUAUUUCAUUUUUUUUUUAAUCUUUUGUAGAAUUCAAAGAGGCCUUCUCAUUGUUUGACAAAGACGGUGAUGGCACCAUCAGUUGCAAAGAACUUGGAACUGUUAUGCGAUCUCUUGGACAGAAUCCGUCUCAACAGGAACUUGAAGACAUGAUUAAUGAGGUAGAUGGAGAUGGUAAUGGUACUAUUGAUUUCCAGGAAUUUGUGCAAAUGAUGGCCAAGAAAAUGAAAGACACAGACAGUGAGGAGGAAAUCCGGGAAGCCUUUAAAGUUUUCGACAAAGACGGCAGCGGUUACAUCGAUUCGGCUGAGCUGCGCCAAGUAAUGACUUCUCUUGGAGAGAAAUUAACAGACGAGGAAGUCGAUGAGAUGAUACAAGAAGCAGACGUCGAUGGUGACGGACAGGUUAAUUAUGAAGGUAAUCAUCAGAUUUUAUCAUUUGUUAUAUGAUCACGUAUGGGGAAA